AUGCCUGCCGUCGAUCCGACGUACCCAUUAUUUCCUAUCGCAUGCAGCAUUGCUUCAGCAAUGAUGCUUCUAGUGCUACUGACCAGCUUCAUCCGCCAGAGCUGGAACCUUGGCGUAACCUUCUUGUGCUUCUGGCUUUUCUUCGAGGAUUUGACCAACGCCAUAAACGCCAUCGUAUGGUCUGAUAACACCGACAUCAAGUUUUACGUGUAUUGCGAUAUUGUCUCGCACCUACAACUCGCGAUCUCCAUUGUCAAGCCCGCAGCAACAUUGAUCAUCACCCGCCGACUACAUCUCAUCAGCAGCUUACAGCCUGUUCCGCCCAGCAAAGCGGCGAGAUACAGAAAUCUUGCGAUAGAGUGGACUCUCGGCCUUGUGAUCCCUCUUCUCGUCGGUGGACCUUUAUGUGAAUCUUACCGAUGA